AUGCCCCUUCUAAUGGAAGACGCACGCUCGACUGCCUAUGCACAGAGUGUGGCACCAUUCAUGGCACGCCCAGACCUCAAUGGCGCUCUGUCGAGCGAUGGCAGUACAUACUGCGAGUCUGAUAUGGAGUCUUUCGAGCAAUUCGACGAGCCUUUCAACACUCGCACCGUCGAAGCUCAUACUGGGCUUGUCCAUCCCACCCCGAAGAGCACUGCACUGAUGGCAGGAAACAAUCUCAACUUCCUCUUCGGCACUGAUGAGACCUCUCCUAUGUCGUCCUUCGGGCCCUCUGAUUCACCAAUGAAUCACCAGUCAUUUUCGACCAGUCCCACUCAAAUGUCGAAUACUACCAACUACGACAUGGGUGCAUCUUCGUUUCACACUCACCACGCGCCUCACCCGCUAGUCGCCACGCCUCCAGAUGCAAAGCCACUCAACAAUCACAAUGCUACAUCCUGGCCACUCUGGAGGACACCACCAACGACUGACAUAUGGUACCCCACCGACGACUUCAACCACACCCCAGACACCAGUAACGGGCAAAACCAAACCCAAUACAAUGCCCCAUGGUCCACCAUCAACAACACUUACACACGUACAGAAGACUACAAUGAGUCCCCAACCAAUCCCUACAUCCACAACACCCCCAUGUUCCCAUCCAGCCACCCCCAGGCCUCUCUCCCCUCAUCACUCCCAGUCCACAACCCCUACCCCCCAACCCCAUCAACCAAUGUAUCCUCCCCCCAACUACCCCCACCAACAAACAAUAAACAAACCAGCCUCACCCCAUCAUCCCUCAGCCCAACAACCAGCUCCUCUGAGCCCUCUCCACACAACGGUGAAGACCGAAGCAUCGAAGCAAGUCUCCACUACAGCGACGAGCGCAACGCCUUCCUAAUUGACUGCAAGCGCCGCGGUCUUUCUUACAAGGAUAUCAAGCGUGUCGGCGGCUUCAAGGAGGCUGAGUCGACUCUUCGUGGUCGGUAUCGCACUCUUACCAAGUCGAAGGAUCAGAGGGUUCGUAAGCCGAAGUGGCAGGAGAAAGAUAUCAGACUCCUUUGCGAAGCUGUUACACUUCACGCUGAUAAACAUACAUACGCUACUGUUGGUAUGGGCAUGGAUGAGCCGCCGAAGGUUUCGUGGAAGAAGGUUGCGGAAUAUAUUUGGAGUCGGGGGGUUCGUAUCAUUUUGGGAAUGCGACUUGAGCGGGUGUUUGAGUGCUGUGGUUUUUGA